UCUCUCUCUCUCUCUCUCUCUCCUCGUAUUUUAUGUCCCUAUUAAUACCCCUUCUAUUUGCCACUCUUGCUUAAUUGAACUAAUCUCUUUUUCUCUCUUCUUUAUUUCAUGACCCUAUUACUAUCCCUUCUAUUUGUCACUGUUGCUUGAUUGAACUAAUCUCUCUCUCUCUUCUUGUAUUUCAUGCCCCUAUUAAUACCCCUUAUAUUUGUCACUUUUGCUUGAUUGAACUAAUCUCUCUCUCUUCAUAUUAUCUUUCUCUCUCUUUCUUCAUAUUAUCUUUUUUUCUCUCUCUCAGUUAAGACAGGAGGCUAGAAAGAGUGGUUAUAGUGAAGGAGGCUAUGAGUAUCUUGAGCAUGGUGGAGGCAAAGCUGCCUCCGGGAUUCCGAUUUCAUCCGAGGGACGACGAGCUGAUUUGCGAAUACUUGAGCCGGCGAGCCUCCGCGGCCGCCGACGGUGCAGAAUUCUAUGGCUUUCCGGCUAUGGUCGACGUCGACCUCAACAGGUGUGAGCCAUGGGACCUGCCUGAGACAGCCUGUGUAAGGGGGAAGGAGUGGUACUUCUUCAGUCUCAAGGACAAGAAGUAUUCCACUGGGCAACGAACGAAUAGAGCAACAGCUUCAGGCUACUGGAAGGCAACGGGGAAGGAUCGACAGGUUAUACGUAAGGGAGAGCUUGUUGGCUUGAGAAAGACCUUGGUGUUCUACCAUGGGAGAGCUCCCAAGGGGAAGAAGACACAGUGGGUGAUGCACGAGUUCAGAAUGGUAUCGUCCAGAGCUUCUGAUUCUCCCAACUUCUCCUUCAAGGAGGAUUGGGUUCUCUGCAGAGUCUUUUAUAAGAGGAGACCUCUCUGUCCAAGAAUAAGCUCUGAGACUUGCGAGGAAGAAGAGACUGGUUCCUCUUCUCUUCCACCUCUGACAGAAUCUCAUAUUACAAGUUGUAAUCUUGUUCCUCUCAAUAACCUUGAGGGACUUGAGCAGGUGCCCUGCUUCUCCAGCUUUUCUACAAGCCAAGAAAGUCCUGGUCUUCUCUCUUCUUCAUCCUUCAACAGUACUGUUUCUUGUGAUGCGAAAGACUUGAAGGCAAUGCUGAGCCAACUCAGUAAGAUUGAAGAGAACCAACAGAUUAAUGAAAGCUGCUUUUCUGAAAGUGAAAUUCGCACAUUGUGGAAUCCAUUUGCUAGUUUUUUGAUGUAAUUUUAUGAAAAUAUGUGCGUUGGAAGGGAGCUUUGUGAUGGAGUGGAGAUUGUGAACUUAUAUGUCAUUGUCUGAGUGUAUAGUAUGUUUUGUAGUAAAUUGAAGGUUGUUUUUAGUAGAUAUUAAGCAUUUAGGAGUUUGAUGUAUAUAGAGUUAUGAGAUUGGGAUGUGUGUAAGAGAUAUGAAAAGUGUUGGUUGGUGCUUUUUGAAUCACUAUAGGAAAAAUUGAUA